AUGGCGCCAGUUGCAACUCACAGCACCCAGACGAUGACCGCCAUCCCCGUGAACUCCAAGGCCCAACCGUGGCGUCCGACGCUGGUUCGGAACCCUCCUGUAAGAUCCGAGUUCGCGUUUGACUCGAUGGACGAUGCGCUGGCAGCAUUCAAGGCCGGAGAGUUCCUGGUCGUCAUGGAUGAUGAGAGCAGAGAAAACGAAGGAGACCUGAUCAUUGCUGGUAGUGCGGUCACGACGGAAAAGAUGGCCUGGAUGAUCAAGCAUACAAGCGGUUAUAUCUGUGUUGCGCUCACUCCAGAACGAGUAGCACAGCUAGAAUUUCCCAUGAUGGUCUCUGACAAUAAUCAGGACCGCCAUAGGACAGCCUAUACUAUCACAGCCGACUACAGGCAUGGGACUACUACCGGGAUAUCUGCCCAUGACAGAGCACUGACAUCCCGAGCGCUUGCCUCAUCCACGGUCACGCCCGCCGAUUUCUUGCUCCCGGGUCACAUCGUUCCGUUGCGCGCUCGCGAGGGUGGCGUCCUUACCCGUAGAGGUCACACAGAAUCUGGAGUAGAUCUCUGUCUCCUCACAGGGCUGCCGCAAGCCGGGGUGCUGUGUGAGCUGGUAAACGAUAACCCGGAGGGAAGUAUGAUGCGCCGGGAUGAUUGUCGUGCUUUCGCAGACAAGUGGGGAAUAAAGAUGAUCAGCGUGGAGAUGCUCGCAGAGGCAAGAAAGAAAGCAGAAGGUCUGUGA